AUGGCCAUAACCCAGACACCGGAAACCCUAUCCAGCCAGGAAACGCGGCUUCUGGCCCGGCAAAACACCAUCACCAACACGGCGGGCUACUCUGGGAACAACCUGCAAGCCAACCUUCUCAUUCUGCCAGAAAAACACAGCCAGGACUUCCACAACCUCUGUCUUCGCAACCCAGUAUCCUGCCCCCUCCUAGGAAUCAGCAGCAUCCCGGGAAACCCCCACAAAAUCACCCCAACGCCAUGCAUCCAGAACCGCGACUUCGACAUCCGCACCGACUGCCCAUCCUACCGAGUCUACAAGCACGGCAAAUGCAUCGCGGCCAACAAAUCCGACCUCCUCGAUCUGUGGUCCACCGAUGACCCAAAUGCCGAAAAUUACACAGCCUUCCUCCUGGGGUGCUCCUUCAGCUUCGAAGCCGCCCUGUGCAAUGCAACCCCGCCCUUAACCCCGCGGCACCAACUCAGCAACACUAUCGUGUCCAUGUACCGCACGUCAUUGCCCCUCCUGCCUGCAGGCAUCUUCACCAACGCAACAUGCAUCGUGUCCAUGCGUCCCUACCACGAAUCAGAGGUCGAGCGGGUGCGGGACAUCACGCGCCCGUAUCUAGCUACGCACGGGGAGCCCGUCGAUUGGGGCUGGGAUGCGGUGAAGCGUCUGGGCAUUCGGAAUAUUCAUGAUCCGGAUUUUGGGGAGAAGAUUGAGUUUAAGGAUGGGGAGGUGCCGGUUUUUUGGGCCUGUGGAGUGACGCCGCAGAUGGCGAUCGAGGCGGCCGGGGAUAAGAUUGAUGGGUUGGUGUUUGCGCAUGAGCCGGGGAAUAUGCUGGUGACGGAUUGGGUGGUGGAGGAUCUGGAGAGGCUGAAGGAAGGGAUUG